AUGUUGGAAACCAUAGUUCUCCGUGUACAAUGCGUUGUUGAUGAUAAAGAUCACCAUCUUCUGUCAAGUGUUAUGAUGAAGCAAGCAUUAGUAAAAGACUUUCGAAUUUGCGAUGAUUAUUUACAGUUUCAGAACCAUUUAAAAGAGUUUCGUCGAUUGGAUGAUCAAAUAUUUAAUACGCUGAACACGACUGUUUUAACGUCCACAUUUCGUUCUAGAGGAUCAAAUCCUACUCAAACAUGUCACGAUCUAUUUGAUGAAAUAAACAGACGUUCUGUAUAUCGUGAUGAACUUAUCGACGCUUGUCUGAGUCAUACGAAUGAUUUAUUAAAUGAAAAGAAUUUAGAUGAAAUCAAACGUAAAACUCUUUUAUAUCAACGCCGACAGAUUCAAAGUGAAAAAAAUAUCGAAAAAAUUAUUAGUGAUAACACUGAAAAGGGUGUAGCAGAAGCUGGUCUAUUUCCCGGUGUUAUUUUUUAUAUGACAUUAUGGUAUACUAGACGUGAGCAAACAAUUCGAAUGGCUAUUUUCUACUCGGCAUCUGUUAUUUCGGGAGCAUUUGGCGGAAUUUUGGCGUAUGGAAUAAUGCAAAUGCACAAUAAAGGAAAUUUACGUGGAUGGCAAUGGAUAUUUAUUGUCGAAGGCAUACCAACUGUUCUUCUUGCAAUUGCAGCAUAUUUUUAUCUUCCAAAUUCUCCAUCUUCCGCGAAAUGGCUUGAUGAAUCUGAGCGUGUGGUACUCACUGAACGUUUGAUACAAGAUGCUGGUUCAUCUCAUGACACAAAAUUUUCUUGGAGACAAGUGCUAAGCGCCUUCAGUGACUACUAUGUUUAUCUCUACGCUCUAAUGUAUAUUAGUUGUUGCACUCCGGCUUAUUCAAUGUCACUUUUUUUACCUACGAUUAUUAAUAGUAUGGGUUACACAAAAUUAUCAGCACAAGGCUUAUCAGCAUAUCCUUACUUGAUAUAUCGGGCCAAUGAUGCUCCUUUUUAUCGUCGUGGUCAUUCAAUAGCACUCGGUUUUAGUUGUCUAUUGUUUAUCUCAUCUCUAAUAACAAAAUGCUUACUAAUCAGGGAAAAUAAACGACGAGAAAAUCUUACACAGGAACAAUAUCAGAUGGAAACAUCGAAAACGAAUUUAGCUGAUUGGAUUCGAGAUAAAAUUGAAAUGAUCAAAAUGGUUGGAAAACUUUCUUAA